CUUGACCUUUGCCCCGGAACCGCCGUCCGCCGCUGAGAUGCAGGUACCGGGGCCACGGGAAGAAAAGCAGUUGGAGGCAUCCGUUGACACUAUUAUUAGCCGUGUUGCUGAUCUGAAAAGCUCACUGGCAAGCUUCAUCCACAAGUUGGAAAAUGAAUACGAGAGAUUGAACUGGCCCUCAGUGUUGGAUAACUUUGCCUUGGUAUCAGGGCAGUUGAACACUUUGAACAAGCUCCUGAGGAAUGAAAAAACACCACUCUUAAGGAACCAGGUCAUCAUUCCAUUGCUGCUUUGUCCAGAUCGUGAUGAUGAAUUGAUGAAACUAACAGAGGGUCGCGUUCCUGUUUUCAGUCAUGAAGUGGUACCAGAUCACCUUCGGACUAAACCAGAUCCAGAGGUGGAAGAGCAGGAGAAGCAGUUGAGUGCAGACGCAGCACGGUUGGCACCUGAUGUGGCCCAGAAACAGAUUCAAUCACUGAACAAAAUGUGUGGAAUUUUACUGGAUAAACUCAACAACACUCGAGAGGAGCGCGAGUCUGAGAGCGGAGCUUUGCGUCAAAGCAAACAGACGUUUAACCCUGCAGACACCAAUGCCCUAGUGGCCGCAGUUGGGUUUGGAAGGGGAUUGUCCAAACCGAUAAGGCCACAAGGGCCUGGUGGGCCAGUACCACCAGGUCAGACCUUACCAGGAGCUGGACUUCCAGGGGGACCAAGUAUGGCUCAGGUAUCGAUGCAGAGUGGGCCAAACCAACAGCAGGGAAUGGCAGCCCAGGUGCCCCCACAAGGCCAGCCAGGUAAGAUACCUAGCACCAUAAAAACCAACAUAAAAUCCGCAUCAAUGCACCCAUAUCAGAGAUGAGCCACAGGUUUGAACAGCAAGUUGAAACCUCAAGGUAGCUGGAGUUACAACUGGAAACCGAAUCACUUACCGAGAGUGACAUGCUGCCUGCAGGUUGCGUCCAGAUCAUUUAAUUCAUUUCAGUUGAUGUGUACAGCACAAUUGUAAAACACAAACCUUGAAAAGAUAUACAAUACCUUUUAUUGAGGAAAUGUCUACUUUUAUAAUGUCCCAUGCAAAUCAAAUCAAAAUUGCAUAAAUCCCAGCAGUUCUCAAGUGUAGUUUUUUUGUUUUUUUACUUUUGACUAUACUACUGUCAUCUUUUCACAAAUUAAGUGGUUGACUUUUUACUGAUUGGCAGUGCAUCAGGUCAAAUAUUUUACAUUUCAUUUUGUUCAGGUUACACACUGCUGAGUCUCCACUUAAGUGAACCAGAUAAUGAGCAUUUCAAGGUCCCAGGUCAAGUGAAUAUGGGGCUAAAUUCUUACUCAGCUCUCUGUUCAUUUUUUUUAUAAAUGCUGUAUCAUUUAUAAUGGUCGCCUUUAUUCUAACUGUAAAGUAUGUAACUGUCAACUCCUUAAUAAAGUACUAUUUUGAUCAAACAAUAGAAUUGGAGAACUCU